GCGAGGCUUGACUUCUUUGCUGGUCGUCAAUGUUUCCAAAGUCAGAAGCUCCGCCCCUGUGUUUACCUGACGUCAUCGGGAUCAGCGCAAGGCGGAAAUGGCUUCCGGUGUCAACACGGUUGACUGCGUGUCUACGGUAGCCAUAAGGGAGUGAUAUUCUUUCAGGAUUCACAGUAAUUCACACAACCUCCACAUCCUCACUGAUGAGGGUGAUCCAACACUCAGUGGAGACACUGCAAACAGCUUUGGUCUCCAAUCGUCAGGACUUGAUUAAACACUACAGCAAGUACACAGAGAAAGAAAGGCAGCUUCUGGAGGAAGCAUUCCACCCAGGGCAGCCGGGUUCCCUUUUCCAACUCAUCACAGUGCACUCUGACUCAGACUGGAUCUCCGCUCACCCUGAGGAGCCGCAAGACUUUGAGGGCUUCUACAGAGACCCUUACCGCAAGGUCCCUAAUGCAAGCUGCAAUACUAUUUAUAUUCAAACCAUAGGGUCCUUUGGGGAGGCAGGGCCCCAGACAGACCAGUAUGUGGAGUGGCUCAGAGAGUACUGCCAGGCCUUCUUCUAUGGGCUCUCUGUCAAGUUGCUGCCAGCGGUUACUGUGGCUGAAACAGGAUGCUCUUUCAGGGUUAACAGUUACUCGCACAACCUUCAGAUCCUCACUCGUGACCUGCUACGAUUCCUGGGAAACAGGAAACCUGAAGAUGCUUUCUGUAUUGUUGGAAUCACAAUGAUCGACCUCUACCCCAAAGACUCGUGGAACUUUGUCUUUGGACAGGCUUCUCUCAGCAUGGGAAUGGGUGUUUUCAGCUUUGCCAGGUAUGACGACAACUUCUACAGCAGGAAUUAUGCUGGGAUGCUGAAGAAGAAGCUUCAGCCAAAGCAGAGGGACUACUCUGUGUUUGACGGAUAUUACACUCCCCCAAUCACUAGCACACUGCUGCUUCGAUCCUGCAAGACAAUGACCCAUGAGAUCGGCCAUAUGUUUGGAAUAAAGCAUUGCCAGUGGUUGACCUGUGUCAUGCAGGGCUCCAACCACCUGGAGGAGUCUGAUCGAAGGCCGCUGGAUUUCUGUCCCAUCUGCCUUCGUAAGCUACAGAGCGCUAUCGGCUUUAACAUCACAGACCGGUACAAGGCCCUAUUGCAGUGGAUUGGUCAGAGUCAAAUGUCCAGACCAGAGGAGGCCUCUGCCUGUCAGUCUGUGCUCCACUUCCCCAAACCCACUGAAGCUUUUCAGACAUCCAGACUGUGGCUUUACAGGUGCCUGGACAUACUAGGAAAUAGUGCGGUAUAGUGCUCAUCCAAAAAUCUGUAUAAGUUCAGGAUAUGCAUGCAACAGCUCUUACCUCGAUACCCUGCAAAAAUAUGUGCGGAACAUUCUUGCUGCUGUUUGUUAAAUAGAAUCUUAGUUAUGUUUAUGGCUGUUGCGGACAAUUUCAGAAUGACUACAUGGCUCACUAGAGACACUGUUAGGUGUAUAUUGAGUUGUAUUGGUUUGACAAUGUUAAAGGGCACUUGUGUUUCCAGGCAGAGUGAAUCGCUGAGCUUAGAUAAUGUUUCUAAACUAAAGAUGCAAUGUGUACAUAAAAUAUAUUUUAAUGUGAAAGUUUGUUACAAAUACAAGAGCAGUUGAAUAAGUUGCUUUAAGGUUGAACUUUACAAAAACAAAACCUUUACACUUUAUUGAGUGGUUCAAAUCACCGUGUUGCUUUAUUGUGAUUUAACACAUUUUCAUUACAAAAAUAGAUUAAAUCUGACAUCUCAUAUCACAUAACACUGUAUCAAAUCAAAUAAAACACUUUAACUCACAUGA